AUGCCCUUUACUGGCGACUCGUUGCUCAUCCGCGUCUGCGUCCGUGGCCGCAUGGACUUCCAAGACGGCGACCCGGAGGCCCUGUUACGUAGUGUCAUUGAGAGACUGUUCUCAUUGCCGCCCGAUACCGUCGUGUACCGGGCACACGACUAUCGCAGAUUAUUGUUUUCCACCAUAGCCGAUUAGAUAGUGCACCAUCCAAGGCUCAAUAUCGGGAAUACGAUAGUUGAAAUCAACGAGAGCGUGCGCGAUUUGAAAUUGGCUUUUUCACACGUCUUUCGGUUGUGAAACUCUAGGCUAGCUUUGGCACUUCACACAGGGGCCCGAGUACUUUCUUCCAGUUCCAAAUGCUUAUACGCACUUCUCUGUUUCGUCUUUGCCGUGCUUACAAGACAAGCCAGUCUAGCAGGCGGCGUUUCUUCUACACGAACCACACCUCGGGGCUUGCGGAUCCUCACAAGUUGUCGCACUUCAGCGCUCAAAGCUUUCUCCACAUGUUUGACAAGGACCAGAACAUUUUCCUCUUCGCCCAAACACUUUCGCACGCUUCCUUUUCCGUCCUUGCCUAAUUCGCAGGAUUGUCUUUUUUCGCCGUCUUAAAAUUGGUUGGCGAUCAUGUUCUAUGUCUUCAUCGUCCAUGUGAUCAUCCGCAUCGUCGUUUGGAUGCUGUUCAAGAAAGUUAUAGGCAACACGAAACAUUUGUCCAGGAACGCCAUUGCCGUUAUGCAUUCCAUCUGCGGAGUCAUAUUCAUCUCCUAAAUCAGCAUCGUCGUAGUCAAGUAAGUCAUGUUCGUCGUGAUCACCGGGUACUUCGUAGUGUAUCCCCUCACUGUCUGCAUCCAUAUUGUCGUCAUCUGCUACGAUAUCAUCCUCACUAUUGUCGCCACCAGCUAUUAUUUCGUACGUGUCCCGCAAUAGCUCGUCAACUUCAUCUAAGACUAAGACCUCGUCAUUGACUUCCACUGGGGCGCCGGAAUCCAGGAUCGGAGGAAACUGAAAUCGAGUGCGGUUAGAGUGAUCAUCAUCUUGUCUCGCCUGAUUUUUGUUGGGGCAUUUCGCCAUCCACAUCGAGCGAAUAACCAGCGAUUUCGUCAUCUCGAUUCUGGACUUCGUCGUUGUCUGAGCUGUAGUCAUCCAGAUCAUUGUGUAUAAGCUGGUCAUCGUCGGGAAAAGGGGCAAAUCUGUGAUCGUCGUGAGCAUCAAUGUCGUCAUGGGGAAAGUGACGCACGUAUUGGCGCAACGUGAUCGAUGGAAAUGAUUGCAGAGGUCUUGCCGAAAUUCCUUCACUGUUUGAUAACCUUGCGAUUAAAGCUGUGCAGCUCUCGUCAAAUGACUCACCGUAUAAAGUUGCCAGUCCCGCCAGACAGCAGGGCAAUCU